UGCGAUCGUUGGCCUGAUUUUCACGCCGUGGCUGUUGGUGUGCGUCAGGGCGGCUCUGUGGGGAUCCUCAUCGAGUGGAACUGCGACCUGGACAAAGACUCCUCGCAGUGUAACCCCGAGUACAGCUUCACCCGUUUGGACCUGAACCUCAACAACUCGAUUACAUCCGGAUACAACUUCAGAUACGCCCGCUACUUCAAGGACCCGAGUGGUGAAACCUUUCGCACUUUGUACAAAGUUUACGGGAUUCGCUUUGAUAUAAUGAUCAAUGGCCAGGCUGGGAAAUUCAAUAUUGUUCCUACGAUUAUUGCCAUCGGUUCGGGUGUGGCCCUGCUGGGUGCAGGCGCCUUUGCGUGUGACAUGAUCCUGCUGUACAUGAUGAACACCAGCUCUUUUUACCGAGAGAGGAAGUUUGAAAUCAUCAACUUUAAGUAUGACGAACUGUGUUUGCACUAACUUUAAAGGGACA